GGUAUAAGGACUGCAAUGUGAAAUAGACAAACCAAAACGAACGCCAAAACGAGUGCCUUAAAUUAGCAGUUAAACAAGUGCCUAAAUAGAUAUUAGAGCAACAAGAAGACGAACGAUUGAAACGCUGACGAAAACGAAAUUAUUCAAUAAGGCGCCUAGCGACCCGCUCUCACCGCAAGCACAAGCGGGCGCGUGACGCUCCCUCCGCGAGCGUGUCGAGCAAGCACUACAGGACAGCUGGCGGCGGCUGACCGUCGCACCCGGCUCUCCACAACCCCGGAACAGACGCCGCUCGCUCAGUCAAGAGAGACGCAAGCAGCGAGAGAGGAGACCCAGCGUUCUUUCUUUAGACGACCACGCUGAACCCAACCGCACUGCCACCAUCAACAGAGCUCGCUCGCUAAGCAAGAUGGCAACGCUGUCCCUCAAGAUAUCCCUAGAGGGCGGGAAGGUAGUGAAGACCAUCCAGUUUGACCCUUCCACCACUGUGUACGACGCUUGUCGCAUCAUCAGGGAGAAGAUCUUGGAAGCCACAACUAGUGACCCGAAAGAGUUUGGCUUGUUCCUCGCUUCUGAGGAAGACAACAAGAAGGGAAUAUGGCUGGAGGCGUCCCGCAGUCUCGACUACUACAUGCUGAGGAAUGGAGACGUGCUGGAGUAUAAUAAGAAGACAAGGAAUUUGAGGGUCAGAAUGUUGGACGGCACGGUGAAAACGUUGUUAGUUGACGACAGUCAAAUAGUGGCCAACCUGAUGGUGGUGAUCUGCACCAAGAUUGGAAUCACCAAUUAUGAUGAGUAUGGUCUGGUGCGGGAAGAACAGCAAGAACAACCGGAUCCAUGCGAUAAGCCUAACUAUGGCACUCUUACACUGAAAAGGAAACAUCAUGAAAAAGAAAGAGACGCCAAGAUGGAGCAGCUUAGGAAGAAAUUGCGGACUGAUGAUGAAGUAAACUGGGUGGAAUCGGCCAAAACUCUUCGCGAACAGGGCAUCGACGUGACUGAGACCCUACUGCUUCGCCGCAAACUGUUCUUCUCCGAUAGGAACGUUGAUUCGAGAGACCCGGUGCAACUGAAUCUGUUGUAUGUUCAAGCAAGGGAUGCUAUAUUGGACGGGACCCAUCCGGUUACUAACGACAAGGCUUGCGAAUUCGCCGGUAUACAAUGCCAGAUACAAUUCGGUGAUCACAAAGAAGAUAAACACACACCUGGCUUCCUAGACUUGAAAGAAUUCCUGCCCGCGUCCUACAUGAAAGUUAAGGGCAUAGAGAAGAAAGUCUUCAAAGAACAUCGCAAACACGCCGGUCUCAGCGAACUGGACGCUAAAGUUCUUUACACCAAGAGCGCUAGAGAUCUCAAGACCUAUGGAGUGGCGUUUUUCCUUGUUAAGGAAAAGAUGAAAGGCAAAAACAAGCUAGUCCCCCGCUUGCUUGGUGUCACCAAAGACUCGGUUUUACGUCUCGACGAACGCACCAAGGAAAUAUUACAAACGUGGCCUUUGACCACUGUAAGGAGAUGGUGUGCCAGCCCAAAUACUUUCACGCUGGAUUUUGGAGAUUAUAGCGAUCAAUACUACUCCGUACAAACCACAGAAGCGGAGCAGAUACUUCAAGUCAUAGCCGGCUACAUAGACAUCAUAGUUCGCAAAAGACGCGCCCGGGACCAUCUCGGAAUCGACGGCGAUGAGGGAUCUGCCAUGUUGGAGGAUUCGGUGUCACCUUCCAGAGCCAAUAUCAUCCAGCACGACACAUUCAAAUCUGGCAAAGUGAGCACUGAAUCUGUGGCGAAACCGGCCGUUCAUAGACCCGGGGCUGAAGGCGCGAAACCUUUCGCCGUGGGGCACAUGACGGGCGCUCAACAGACCACCGUGUCGGGACAAGUCAUCACUGGGCACACGCCGCCAGCUGCAGCGCAAGUGCAGCAGACUAAAGUGACGUCACUACUGUCAGAACCGCAGAGGGCGCUUCUGUCCGCCAUCACUACUGGACGGGAAGUCAUCAAGCAUACUGAAGAAGGUCUCGAAAGGACUGUGAUGCCCGAAUUGGGAGUCGACUCUGCCUCCGUGAAAUGGAAGCAAGUCACCCUGGACACCAAUAAGCAAGCGGUCACCAGCCAUAUUGCAGCAAUGAAUGCAGCCACUGCUCAAGUCGUGACGCUAACUUCAGGACCAACCGAAGAAGUAGACCACACUGCAGUAGGUGCUGCCAUUACUACCAUUACUACGAACUUGCCGGAAAUGACUAAAGGUGUUAAAAUGAUCGCCGCGUUAAUGGACGACGGUGAUACACUGUUGGAUGCUACUAGAAAGCUGUGCAGUGCCUUCUCUGAUCUGCUGAGGGCUGCUGAACCGGAGGCUAGAGAGCCACGCCAGAAUCUCCUAAACGCAGCAUCUCGCGUCGGAGAAGCAUCGACAUCCGUUCUCCACACUAUCGGCGAAGAGACCGAAGAAGACAAAGAAACCCAGGAUAUCCUGCUGUCUCUAGCCAAGGCCGUAGCUAACACAACAGCGGCUUUAGUACUGAAGGCUAAGAACGUAGCUGCCGCGUGUAAAGACGAACAACCGCUUCAGAACAACAUUAUCGCGGCCGCUACCAACUGUGCUUUAGCUACCAGCCAGCUAGUCGCCUGUGCUAAGGUCGUAGCCCCAACUCUCCACAGUGCCGCUUGUCGCGAACAAAUAGUAAGCGCAUCUCGAGCGGUAUCCAACGCUGUAGAGAAACUGCUAGAUGCCGCUCCCCCUGCCGCGGCGGCCGCUCACAAACUCCCAGAGGCGGCCAAACGAGUCACCGACGAACUGGAUAGAUUGCUGGCACAUUGUAGCCCGGAACGUCACGCCAGUCGAGUAACAGUUACCGAACGAAGCGUAGAAACUGUAAUGUCGGCAUCGGAACGGGUUUCUACGGCCGGUGACGCGGCUGAAAUGGUCCGCCACGCUAGAUUGUUGGGGCAGGCUACGGCACACCUAAUAACUGAUAUAAAGACGGAAGCCGAAAGACAACCUUCAGAAGCUCAACGCAAACUUUUGGCCGCAGCCAAACUACUGGCGGAUGCGACAGCGAGAAUGGUCGAAGCUGCCCGCCAGUGCGCUUCGGAACCACAGGAUCGCGAAAAGCAAGAGGCUUUACGUCGCGCCGCUGAAGAAGUGCGUUAUAUCACUGCUGAUUACGCUCAAGGACAAGACAUAGUGAGCUCUCAAGUCGCCAGAUUGCAGGAAAGCGCUCGACAAGCGGCCGCUUGCGCUACUCAACUCAUUACAUCUUCACAUAACGCUACGCAAUAUAACACGAAUAAAUAUUCACAGGAAACUCUGCUCCAAGAGUGUCGCAUUCUCUCUGAACACGUCCCCCGCGUAGUGGACGCUGUGGCCGGAUACUCUUCUAGACCUCAAGCCGCGGCCGCUCAUCACGCGUUAUUGACGGCUUCUGAUAAUCUGCUGCAGUCUAGCGGUCAAGUAGUGAGUGCUGCCCGCGCUGUGUUGCCCACAGUACACGAUGCGACCGCUGCCAAACAUUUAGCUGAUAAUACCCAGCGAAUGAACGCCAGUGCGGCUACAUUGAGAUCUGCAGUCAAUCGAGCCCGUAUCUCCUGCAAAGGCUUAGAAUUAGACGCGGCUGCGGAAAUAUUGCGCAGUUUACAAGAAGAUUUGGACGAAUUGGAGGAAGCCGCUCGCGCUUUACAAUUGCGACCUUUGCCGGGACAGACGGAGGAAUGGGCCACUUCGACAAUGCACAACGCAUCUCGGGCCGCGGCUUCGAGCACCGUACAGUUAUUGUGCGCGGUGAAAGGCGGCGGGGAGGGCGCGGGCCGCUCCGCUUGCAGUCUAGCCGCCGCCUUACAAGACUUCACUGCGGGCGUGCACGCUAGAGCUUCGUUGUCGGCGCCGGAACAAAAUGAGAGAGUGAUAACAUCCACCCGUCAAGUGGUGACGUCAUCGUUGACUCUAGUGGAGACGGUGAAGCGCUACAUGAGCACUUCGGAACAAGUCGACAUCAACAGUCUGAAGUCUAUAGCGAAGGAUAUCACUGUGGGCUUGGAAACCACACUAGAAGCGGCGCCGUCUCACACGGAGCUGGAUGCUGCUUUAGAAGAUAUCAACGAGACGUUGCACAUUCUGGAUAUGAACGAGUUCCCGCCAUCGGAUAAGCCGUACAGCGAACUACAAACCGAACUCACCGACGCUGCUGUUAAACUUAACGACGCGUCAUCUGAAGUAGUGAACGGGGUCGAACGUCCACAAUCUCUGGCGCAAGCUGGCGGGGCAUACGGGCACGCGUUCAAUAGGACGAUGGCCGCCGCCAUGGAGAUGGCAGGACAGACCGAGGAUCGUGAUGCUCGUACACAAAUGGUGAAUUCAAUGAAAUCCGUCACUGUCAAUUCAUCGAAGUUGCUCAGCACAGCUAAAUCUGUCAGUCAAGAUUUAAGUAGACCCAACGCCAUGAAUCAACUGAUGGCCGCAGCUCGUGCUGUCACCGAAAGCAUCAAUCGUUUGGUCGACGUGUGCACAGAAGCCGCGCCAGGUCAAAAAGAGUGUGAAGCAGCAAUACGUAGCAUAGAAAGUUCCAGAACACUCUUGGCAGCUCCCAGUCAACCUGUCAACGAGUUGGGAUACUUCGGAUGCCUUGAUUGCGUGGUCGAGCAAAGCAAGGGGCUCAGUACGGGAAUGUCCGGUAUGGCCGGGGCUGUGAAACGAGCGGAACAAGAACAAUUUGCCCGCUCCGUGUCAGGAGUCGCUUCGGCCGUCACUGGAUUAGUGGAGGGGGCAGCUCAAGCCGCUUAUUUGGUGGCGAUUUCCGACGAGAGUAGCGUCGCAGGUCGGCCAGGUCUCGUGGAUCAGGCACAAUUCGCUAGAGCUUUGACCGCCAUAGAGCACGCUUGCCAAUGCCUGUCGGAUCCUAACAGCGACCAACAACAGGUGUUAUCAGCGGCCACAGUUAUAGCUAAACACACUUCAUCCCUGUGCAACGCUUGCCGCGUCGCUUCUUCCAAAACGAGCGAACCACAAGCGAAGAGACAUUUCGUUCAAGCGGCCAAAGAUGUGGCCAACUCUACCGCUGCUCUCGUCAAGGAGAUCAAAGCUUUGGACGCGGAUUAUAGCGAGGCGAACAGAAAACGCUGCGCCGAAGCGACUGGCCCACUGCAAGAGGCCGUUCGUGGCCUAUGCGCGUUCGCCGAUAGGCCAGAAUUUGCUAGUGUACCAGCGAGAAUAUCUUCACAGGCCAGACAUGCACAACAUGAUAUAUUGGAGGCUGGCAGGAACAUUAUAUCGUCGUCCUGCUCUAUGCUAGAAGCUGCUAAAGCUCUUGCUCUCUCGCCUCAAGACAGAGCGCAGUGGCAACGUCUCGCCUCGCACAGUAAGACGGUGUCCGACAGCAUCAAGUCUCUGGUCACCAGUAUCAGGGAGAAAGCGCCAGGUCAAAACGAAUGCGCUUCGGCGCUAGAUUCUCUCUCACGUUUACUCCGAGAAAUCGACCAGGCUUCCAUACAAGCUGUGGCCCAAGAACUGCAGCCGAGACGGGCGAAUACACUGCAAGGUUACUCUGAACAAGUGGAGAGCAGUGCCAGCGAAAUGCUGGAACGUUUGGAGCCAUUGCGAGUGGCUGCGAUAUCGCAAGCCGAGCUAUUGGGGCAUGCCGUUAUGCAAUUGGUAUCCUACUCCGAAGCAGUAGUAUCGGGCAGUAUAGGUUGCGCAUCACUCAUCUCCCAAUCCAGUGCCCAGUCCCAAGUUCUAGUCCACGCUAGAACCGUGCUAGAAGCUUCUUAUGCUUUGAUCACCGCUGUGAGACAAUCCGGAGGAAAUCCAAGGGCUGUCAGCGCCCACGGCGAGGUGGAAGGCCAGAUAUCUCUCACAAGGGCUGCGUUAACAGAACUCGUGACUCACAUCAGAGAAUUGAGUGCUGUCAAUGGCGCCGUGGGACCGUUGUUGGAGUCCCUGGCCAGGGCUGGAGCCCGACUUACCGAUAACAGGAUGUCUUUGAUUGGUUCAUACGACGAGACCGACUCGUUUGUAGACUACCAGGCGCGAAUGAUAGUCGCCGCAAAGGAGAUUGCGAAGUUAGCCACUGAUAUGACGGCAAAAGCAGCCACCGAUACUAGCAGGGUGCUCCCCCUCGCCGGGGAAAUGUGUUCCGCUUACGAGAGACUUGCUAGAGACAGCGUCGGCGCUGCUGCAACUACGCCCAAUACAGAUGUCGCUAAUAGUAUCCGUAGCGGAGUAGCAGAGUUAGGAGAUAGUAUGAGCGGUUUGGUUAAUGCCGCAGCUGCAUGUCAAGGGCCUUCUUUACCGCAUCAAGAGUCUGUCGCUUCACACGCCAAGGACGUGAGCGAGAAGGUAAUCGCCGUAUUGAGUGCUUUGCAAGCCGGUUCGCGUGGAACUCAAGCUUGUAUCGACGCCGCGGCUACUAUAGCAGCUAUCAUUGGCGAUUUGGACACAACUAUACUUUUCGCUAGCGCUGGCACUCUCCACUCUGACAAAGAAACUGACGCAUUCUCCGACCAUCGAGAGAGUAUACUCAAAACGGCCAAGACUCUAGUAGAAGACACCAAGACUUUAGUAGGCGGCGCUGCCGGAUCACAGGAACAACUGGCAUCCGCUGCCAAUUCAUCUGUAACUACUAUUGUGCAACUAUGCGAAGUCGUGAAACAAGGCGCAAUGUCGUUGGGGGCUGGAAGUUCGGAAUCUCAAGUAUUAUUACUGCACGCCGCUCGAGACGUAGCGGCUGCUUUGAGAGACUUGGCUGCCGCCACUACCGCGGCUAGUGGGAAACCGCAUAUGCAUCCCGACAUGCAGCGACUCAAACACGCCGCCAAGCGGCUGAGCGAGACAACCAAACGGUGGAGUCUGCCGUUAGGCCCCGCCGUCACCAAACCGAAGCGACGCUCCCUAAGAAUCGACUACAAUUCAGCAGAUUCCGAAACAGAUCUGUUCCAAUCUGACCAAGAAGAAGAGUUGCUCAAACUCCUAGACUAUUCUAGCCAAGACGAUGACGUUUCACCUUCAAUAUUCCACGAUAACUGUGAAGAAAUCGUUGCAUACAUAGAAAAACAUAUGAAAACCCCUGGCACUAGAAUUUGCGAUGACGAUGUGAACGAUAGAUACAAUAUGGCGGCUAGAAACAGCCUAGUAGAUAUGGACUGGAGAGUUCUCAAAUAUGGCGAGAAUAUAUUUUUAGGAGAGCUCAGAAAGCUCAUCGAUAUUGUUAUUGAAAUUGCCGAUAGGAUGGAAAAUAAGAGAAAACGAGCCAUGCUCUCUAGAUUAAAGGCGAACAAUGAUUUAGAUAAUGAAAUGAAAAGAAUUUCACAAGUUAUAGAGGACUUGGAUUCUGAAAUCGAAGAAAGUGUUGUAACCACAACUGUGACGACGACUACACGCGAAGUGGUGCCGGCCAAAAAGCCUAAACUGAACGAUAUAAAACUCACUAGUCCAGUUAUCAAAAUUAAGAAAGUUAAACCAGUAAAUCUUACCAUCAAUUUGGACUUAGCGUCUGAAACGAACAUCACUCCUCUGAGUCCUGAACAGAAACAAAAAGACGAAUCGACAGAAAUUGUCGUCGAACCAGACACGAAGACCAAGAAGGUCAAAUUAGAAUUCUGGAAAAUGUUCCAAGAUGACUCGGAGCUAUGGAAGGCCUUGGCUAAAAGAAACCUUGAAAAGAUGGAAGAGACCAGACGGGAAUUAGAAAGGUUUAGUGGUCACGAACUCGUAUUGGGCGAUUACCAGACAGAGAAAGACAAAUACGAUACAGAGAAGGCGACAUUGCAGUCGUUUAUCGAAGAAGUCGAUAAAUCGAAAGCUGUAAAGAGAGACUUAGAGUACGACAAAAAAUAUGAAGACAUGGUACUAAAACUGAUAGAAUUCGCAAAGAAAGAUUUCAUAUACAAAGGUUUCGACCCACUCAUAGAGCAAUUGAAAGCCUUAUCUAAUACGCCCAUAGAAAAACGCAAAAAGAAAGUUCACAUACAAGACAUAAUAAAUAUUUACUCGCAAAUUGACAUUACUAAAUACACGUACGAAGAGUUGUGUCUCCUAGAGAAGUAUUACAAAGAGAUAAUAAGAAAGUACAAACACGAAACCAUUAUAGACAAAGAAAACAAAAUGCCCAGAGAAAAUAGAUCGCCUAGUCUAGUUCGAGAUGUAGCAACACAGUCUGCGCCGCCUUCGUAUCACAGAAACGUUAUACUAAACGUUCACACAAGUCAGAACUUAACUAAGAACAUAAAUUCUUACUCCAACACGACAAUACUCAACGGUAACUCUUUAGAAAGACGCAAGACAAAAGACGAGAGAUCAAAAAAUAAUGUGGAAAUAUUCGAUCUUACCAGAACUUAUCCUAUGGAGUAUUAUGCUAACAAUUGGUGGUCAAUUUAUGAAGAUAUAUUAAAGAAUAGGGAACAGCAAUUCGGCUCCAUAGAUAACUGGUGGAGAUUCUACGAAACAGUUUUGAAUAAAGAAGAGUCUACAGACGAAGAGAUAAAUAGAAUGAGAGCUGUGAUGCAGUAUAGAGAUAAAGUGAGACGUCCGAAUAGUCGGCUGGAGGAGCAUAUGAGGAUGUUAGAUGACGUGAAGAGGCAGAGUUUCCAAGAAACGGAGGAGGUGGAAAAUCGCGCUGGAGAAUCGGUGAUGGUAACCAACGUCACGUCACUGCUGAAGACCGUGAAGGCAGUCGAAGAUGAGCAUACUCGAGGGUCAAGAGCUCUCGAGUCUACAAUUGAAGCGAUAUCGCAAGAGAUUGAGGUUCUCCUCUCAGACUCUCCGCCCAAAGGCACGGCCACAGCGGAAGAAUUAGUGCGAUGCACUCGUCAAAUGACAUCGGCCACGGCUCGAGCUGUCGCCGCCGGCAACGCUAACAAACAAGAUCAACUGACAGCAGCCGCUAAUCUUGGAAGAAGAACAGUGUUGGAUCUGCUGAGAGCUUGCAAGGCCGCAGCCUACACAGCUGAGAACAUAGAAACUCGCACACGCACCAUUGAAGCGGGUGCAGCCGCGGCCACAGCCUAUCGCGAGUUGCUAUCCGCUGUGCUAUUGGCUGUAAGCACGGGCGAUAGACAGCACUUCCCUGAACUAUCUCGCCGCGUCGCUCACGCCGUCGCCGAUAUUAUAGCCGCCGCUGAAACGCUGAAAGGGUCAGAUUGGGUAGACCCGGAUGAUCCUACCGUUAUAGCGGAGAGCGAAUUACUCGGCGCCGCCGCUUCCAUAGAUGCUGCGGCGAGAAAAUUAGAUGCCCUUAGACCACGGAAGGCUGUCAAGGAGGCGGACGAAACCCUGAACUUUGACGAGAUGAUACUGGAGGCUGCCAAGUCUAUUAUCGCCGCCACUUCCGCACUGGUCCGCGCCGCUUCUGCAGCACAAAGGGAGCUGAUUGACCAGGGUAAAGUGGCCCGUCGGCCGGCCGCGUCCUCAGACGAUGGCCAAUGGUCCGAAGGCUUGGUUUCCGCCGCUCGUCUCGUGGCUGGAGCCGCCCACGCGUUAGUGGAAGCGGCCAAUGCCCUAGUACAAGGGGCGGCCACUGAAGAGAGGCUCAUAUCUAGCGCUAGACAAGUUGCCGCUUCGACUGCUCAUCUGCUCGUGGCUUGCAAGGUGAAAGCGGACCCUACGUCGGAAUCCACGGUACGAUUGCAAGCGGCCGGCGCCGCUGUCAUACGUUCCACUGACGGUUUAGUAAGGGCGGCCCGUGACGCUAUCCAUUGCGAGGAGGAACGCAGUCUCGUGCUCAACAGAAGAAUGGUUGGAGGGAUAGCGCAAGAGAUUGACGCUAGAUCUGAGGUUCUUCGUAUCGAGAAAGAGCUGGAUGAGGCCAGAAGUCGUUUAACCGCCAUACGACAGGCGAAAUACAAACUGCGAGCGGCCGACACUUCGGGCGACGAAACCGACGUGGAAAUUACACCGGGACCGGGGCACAGAUACAAGAGUCCCACAAGCAGUUUUGCGAACACUACUUAUUCGCCUAACAGCACUUACUCGCACACGAACAAUGUCACACAAAACGUGUCAAAUCUAUCACAAACGAUACACGGAUCGCCAAACGCUUAUAGCCCACAACCCAACUAUAAUCAGAGCCAAAACAACUACAACCAGACUCAAAGCAACUAUAGCCAGUCUCAAAACAACUAUAGCCAGUCUCAAAACGACUAUAGCCAGUCUCAAAGCAACUAUAGCCAGUCUCAAACGCCCGGUAGCCAAAGUAACGGAUACCAAUAUCAAAGGGAAGAGAAAUACACAGGUCAAAGUCCCACUUUCUCGAGUUUUCGCCCGCAAGAGGACACGCCCAAGCAGAAUUACGAGGGCUUCACAACUCGAACGAGCAUGGAAGAAAGCGUAGUCGUGAGGUCGUUGCAACUGCCAGAAGUGCGCACAGCUGUAUUAGUUGACGACGGGUUACAACCGGUAGACGGGAGGGUCCAAACUGGAGACAGCAGGGUUCAACCUAUAGACAGAAGGGUCCAACUUCGAGACGACGGGGUCCUAGAAGAGAGGAUAGUCUACAAACGAGCGCCUCCGCCGCCGCCUCGACGCGUUUCUCUGCUUAACUACGAAACAAGACUGUACGACACGCCACGCCCAGUUCACGAUUACAAGAAGGAGGAGCAUAGACAAUACGAAUCCAGCCAUUAUACCAAAGAUCAGAAAUUCGGUUAUGACGCGCCUAAAACAUCGCCGAUGAGCCCUAAGUUCAACGCCAGAGAGUUGAAAUUCGAGGACAAGCAGGAGCCGAUUUACUCCUCGCUGAAAAAGCCGACCACACCCAAAUCUCCUUUUGAUGGAGUCGGGCAAUCCUUCUCUGAACACCAAGUGUCCACGGAAGCUAUACCGGGUGGCACGAAACACUCCGAGUUCACGGUCAAAAGUGAAUCUUAUCAGAGUUACCCUAAGACCGAGUUUUCGAAACUCGAAACCAGAUCUGAAGUCAAGUCCCCGUUUACAACUUCAACCCCAUCUAAGUUAGAUUCGUUCCCUGAGUACCCAAGGACGUCCACGGAUUUGGUGAAAGCCGUAACGCCCGAAUUCGAUAGAAUAUCCUCCCCUUAUGGGAAAGAAGUAUACAGCUACGGAGGUCCUAAUUAUAAGGAGGAAACGACCACAGAGGUCAAAGAUAUACCUAAUGGAACUCAAAAAAUCACCACCACAAAAAUAUACAGCUCCUCCCCAGUAAACAUCACUAGUACAAACACGAAAUACGAGCCCGUUAAACUAGAAGGCAUCGACGAACUAUCGAAAUCGUUCGACAACGAAUCUAGGUACAGCACUUUGGACUCUCGCUUCAACACUUUAGAGUCCAAAAUGAGUUCAGAUACCAGUCGCUCCUUCAUGCGCCCCUCGGACUUCCAAUCUUCGGAUUACCAGUCUUCUACUAACGUAACAAGAGUGAAAACGCCCGCCGAUUUGAAUAGAGAGAUUGAUACUAUUGACAAGAAGUUUGGCAAACAGACUAUCACUUCGGAGACUAUUGAGAGGAAGUCAGUUAUGACUAGUUCACAUAAAUCGGAGACCAGCUCGACUGUCACCAAGAAGUUCGCCAACUUCUAAAAGCUCUAUUGUAAAGGUGACAGCAACUCGAGUAGCGUGAAAAAAAAGGAGGGUAGAUUGAAAAAAAAAAUAAGCAGAACAUUGUAAUAUAGAAUUUAUUCAUGAAUGUAUAAAGUGCCUUAUACUUUGCAGCUUGCCAAUUGCAAUUUGCAGUACCCAUUAUUUUUCAAUUUAUUUUUUAAUGUAUAGUGUUGCCCGCGGAAGCGAAACGUCCACUGAAGGUAAAUGAACACCAAUUCUAAUAGAUUUAGAUGUUAGUGAGUAAAUCAUAAAAUAUUAAUGUGUAUUUACAAUGUAAGAAGCUACUAUAUUUAAUACAUUUGACACGAUAUUAGAAUUUUAAAGUUUACCAAAAUAAAAAAAUAAAUGAUAAUAACCAAGAUCUCUGGAAAAAUCUGCUUUACAAUGGCAACUAUUCGAUCGAUCGUACUUAAAAAGUGUUGCUACAUCAGAAAUUUAGUGCUGCGAAGUGUCUUAAUGCAACUAUAGAUUAUAAUAUUAUUAUAACUGUAAUGAACAAUGUAUUCACUUUAUGACUAAAUUUAAUAAAUGUUUAUUAUAUUAUACAUGAUAAUAUAGCUUUUGUGUAAUUUUUUAUACAUCUUACUCGUGUAAUGUAGUACGUAAGUAAUCUUAUAUUAUAUUUAUAACGAUGUCUAUACAUAGAAACCAAAUAAAAGUACUAAUCAAAUUGUUUGUUUAGAGUACCUACCUACACUUGAAUGAUUUGAUUUUAUUAUAAGUGAUUCUUGUCACGAUAAAGGUAUUCAUUUGUUGAUGUGUUUUAAGAUUUUAUUCGCACUAUGCAACUAAAUUUAUCUUUUUUUUUGUAGUCUUGGGGCAUCUUACGAUUGGUAUGACUAUAUUUGUAUUUAAUGAAUAAACGUGGACUAAUUACUAA